AUGGGGCAAGAGAACGCUCUCCGUGUGCUUGUCAUUGUCUCAAACCAGAGUCCGUUUUGGAUACAGGCCUGCGACUCGCCAGAAGGCCUUAUUCCAAUUGCUAUUCAAGUCAUCAAGGAUAGUAAAUUAUACGAUGUGCAAGAAGAUGAUACACCAGAUACAAGGCUGUUAGCGAUACAGAAAUGGCGAGUCCGCACACUUUUCAUAUUCGAUAUCUCCAACAAUGAUUAUGAUCCCACACUGGGCCAUCUUGCCGAAAAGAACAAACUGCCAGUCAUCGUGGCCCAUCUCAGCCGCAAGCAAGUUGCUUACAAACCUCAUCCGGGAACACGCGAAAGGAUCAAUAAAGAUGUGGCAUUUUUCCAUGAUGCAAAUGGCUUCGGGGGUACUCCGCCGUUUAUUGAAGAUCACACCUUGGAGAGCCCGCCUGUGUAUCCAAAUCCACGCAGUCUCAGAAACUCGGGCCCAUGA